GAAAAGCAAUGGCGCAAGAGAUUGUCGACAACGGUUCAAAGUCAGUGGGCUCUGAUGGUUCAGACUCAACCGAAAUUGCCAACAAGAAGAGCUUGAUGUUUUUGCCAGCAAACACUGGUGCUGCUAACUUAUUCCAACCUAUUCUUUACGCCUUGUCCCACGAUUGGUUCUGGAACUUUAACGAAAGAUCUUCCAGUUCUGUUGCUUACCCAUCUCUCAUCGAACAUCUGAUCAAGGCUCUGAUUUUCACCAUCCAGUGGGGCCAAAGUUACAUCAUCAUGUUGUUGUUCAUGUACUACAACGGUUAUAUCAUCAUCUCUUGUAUUCUUGGUGCCCUCUUUGGCAGAAUCAUAUUCAACUAUGAACCAAUCACGUGCACUACAAGAAGCGAGAGUGGUGAGAAUGACAAGAAGUGUUGCAUGUAGCGCAGUAAGCAGCUAGCCACAACCAUUCAAGCUUGUAUAGUGUUUUAAUAGACUUUCAAUGUUGUCCCCAUA